GAGUGGGACGGCGCUUUCAUCAAACGUAUUUAAGUUUGAAACGCGUCGGUGAACCUGUUCUUAAGGUCUCAUCCAUUUGGCAUUAGCUUCUAUUUGUGAUGAAACGACGUGGGUUACCGCUAAUUUACUGUUAUAAAGUGCUUCGGAGUUUUCUUUUGGUUUGUUACUGCUAAGUGCCACUGAGAUCUGCAGCCUGGUUCCUGCUGUCGGCGUUACUGUUUGUGGGAUCUGUUAUCCUGAGAAGGAAUCCAUUGCUAAGGCGUGUGAACGCUGCAUUGACGAAUGUAGAAUGGACAGCGACGAUCUAACGAAGUUGUGGUAUAUUUGGUUUAUUUUAAUAAUAAUGGGCACCCUGCUCAUGUGCGGAAUCAUCGCCGGCUGUGUGAAGAUGUGCUGCAGGUCCAGCAAGCCGCCGGUGCCCACAUGCCCCGGGCAGCGUUUCGAGGUGGCGGUCAUCGAUGUGGAAAACCGAAGCGCCUUGAGCAGCAUAAGCACCAUGUCCUCUUUCUCCCACCGUCUUCCUGGUGAACCUUCACCCCGAAUCUUCACUGCAGGGCUGAGAAGCCCCCUUUCACCUCCGCCGUACAGUCUCUAUGCCAUGGAGAGCCCUCCGCAAUACGACGAAGCGCUGAAAAUGCCCGCUGACAAGACUGUCGUUGUGCCCAGGGCCCUGGAGGACCCGCACGUGGCCCCAGAGGUCUCUGGGGUGCAGGAGUCAGUGGACACAGUCGACAGACAGCAGCCCGCUCGGGACGACCCCCCGGAAUCGGAAUCUCAGAAUGCUACGUCGUAUGAAGAGGAGGAACCCCCGGAAUAUCACCUGCAUGACCCCAUGGCAGAGGAGAACUUCACUGAAAUAAGCUUGACAGAGCCCUGAUGCCCACGCCCAGAAAAUGCUUUCAGCCAGGGCCAUUUGCUGCAGUGCUCCUAUCUGCCCUUCCAGUGGCUCAGCAGACUGGUUUUUAAUCCUUCCAUACCGCUGGAUAUCUUAAGUGAAGAAAUUCAGAAGAAAGUAGCAGACAAAUCAGGGUACGAAAGAUGGGAUCCUUUUCUGGGGUUUAACCCAGUGACCUUUCGGUCGGUUCAGUCCCUUCACCACAUUCACUGCUUUCUGCCUGUGGUGCAGGAUGGGUCAGUUACCCCUGAAGUCUGGCACUAUCUGGAAGGGUAUGAAGAUUCUGAAAUUCAGUGGGAACAAACUUUUUACUCCAUGAUUUGAAGAGAAGUUCAGACACCAGCCAGUGGCUGCAUAUUGUGAACGGCCACACUGCCCCUCAUUAACCUUGAAGUGUUUUGCCAGCAACUGGUUGUUCUUGCUCAGCUGCAGCCGUGUUUGCCGUCGUUUACAGUUAUGGUUGCCUGGAGUUCACAUGACCGGAGUUGUUGCUUGGAUAAAGGGUGAAAGCAGAGGACUGGCCUCAUUGUCCUGGGUCUGUAACUUCCUCGUCUGAUUGUAAGAAGCAAUGAGAAAUAAGCACUUUAACAUUUACUGCUUUCUUCUCUUGCAAAUCUGCUGUAAUUGCAAGUUGGACAAAGCAACGGGACAUUAUUUAAGGACUCCGUUCUCUGAGUGCUGACAUUUUCAGGGAUUAAGCUAAUGUGACAAAGGACUGCUGGCUGUUAACUUUUAAAUCUUGGAAAUACAAACUUGUUUCUUAUUUAAAACUUGCUGCACAUAUCAUUAAAGCAUUAUUUACUGAAA